AUGGGCAAGGAAAACCAGACAUGGGUGGGUGAGUUCUUGCUCCUGGGGUUGUCAAGCGACUGGCGGACUCAGGUCUCCUUGUUUGUGCUGUUUCUGGCCAUGUACUUGCUGACCGUCCUGGGAAACCUACUCAUCAUCAUCCUCAUCGUGCUGGACAGUAGGCUCCAUACACCCAUGUACUUUUUCCUCGGCAUCCUGUCAUUUGUGGACAUCUGUUACACCAACAGUACGGUCCCCCAGAUGCUCGUUCACUUCCUGUCAGCCUGGAAGUCCAUCCCGUUUCACAGAUGUGUGCUGCAGCUGUAUAUCUCCCUGGCGAUGGGUAGCACGGAGUUCUUUCUGCUAGGCGCCAUGGCCUACGACCGCUACGUGGCUAUGUGCCAUCCUCUGCAUUACACGGUCAUUAUGCAUGGAGAGCUGUGUCUGGGGCUGGCUUCGGCCAGUCUAGCUGCUGGGCUCACAAAUUCACUAGUGCAGACCCUCAUGAUCUUCCAGUUACCCCUGUGUCGUAAGGUCGUCGAUCACUUUGCCUGUGAGAUUCUGGCUGUGCUGAGGCUGGCUUGUGUGGACAUCUCGCUCAACAAGGUCAUGGUGGCCAUCUCGGGUUUUCUGGUGAUUAUGCUCCCCUGCGUCCUGGUGCUCUUUUCCUACGCUCACAUAGUCGCCACCAUUCUUCGCAUUCGCUCUUCCCAGGGGAGACGCAAAGCCGUUGGGACUUGCGCCUCUCACCUCACGGUGGUUUCUAUGUGCUUUGGAACAGCCAUCUUUACAUACUUGAGGCCUGUGGGCACAUCCUCAGCUGGGCAGGAGAAGAUGGUUGCUCUCUUCUAUGCUGUUGUGACCCCAAUGCUCAACCCCCUCAUCUACAGCUUGAGGAACAACGACGUGAUUGGGGCUUUGAAAAGAGCAUUAGAGAAACCAAAGGAAAAGAAAUAG